UUAGUUUCGCACACCUCUUGCCCGCGUACGCGCAUUUGCAUCGUGCUCAUUUGUUUCACGCUAUCGAUUCCACGACCUAACCUGUUAUUUCCCGCUCAAUUCAUCCUGCUGUCGUCGCAGCAGGUUUCCAAACAUACACAUAUCUAUCGAAUAUUGUCUCUCUCAGGCCCUUGCCCGGACCUGAGUAGUUAUAUGAAUCCGCAUGACCAAAAUUCUUCUCUUCCAUCCACACAUCUGACCCUCAAGCCAAUUAUUAUUACUGCUUUAACAGUCUUAUCUCGCUGCUAAUAUUAGCCACGGACUUCUUCUAUCCGUUAGUUAUGUCUUAUCUACCGUGAAGCGUUUGAGCUUCGCCAUCUCUCAUCUCUAACCCACUAUCCAUAUGCCGCAUUGGACUGCUCUAGCCGCAGAGAAGAAACAGAGGCAGCUCAAGUCCAUUCCACAAGAGUGGCUUGUGACUCCGCCUCCACCCUCUACUCUGGAUGUAACCGGUUUUCCAGAGUCGUGUGGCCUUCUGAAUGCCCGAGAAAUUGAGAUCACCAAUACUUUGGUGGAUGUCUUAUUGAAGAAACUUGCAAGUGCGGAAUGGACAGCCGUGGAAGUGACUACCGCAUUCUCCAAGAGGGCCAUUGUUGCACAUCAGCUUGUCAAUUGCUUGACGGAAAUCUUCAUUGAUCGUGCACUGGACCGAGCGGCCGAACUCGAUGAUUACUUGAAGAAAACAGGGAAGGUUGUUGGUCCUCUUCACGGGCUGCCCAUCUCUCUAAAGGACCAACUAUGCAUCAAAGGACUAGAAACCACUAUGGGUUAUGUCUCGUGGAUCGGGCAGUAUGCAGACAAAAACGCAGUGUUGGUCGAUAUUCUGAUUGAGUGCGGAGCCGUGCCAUUUGUCCGCACCAACGUUCCGCAGACACUCAUGUGGGGAGAAACCUUCAAUAACGUCUUCGGCCGGACAACUAACCCACACAAUGUUUCCCUGACUCCAGGUGGGUCAUCAGGAGGAGAGGGUGCAUUGGUUGCCCUAAAGGGAAGCCCAUUGGGAGUCGGUUCUGAUAUCGGAGGCUCUAUUCGUGGCCCCUCUGCAUUCUGCGGGAUAUACGGCCUGAGGCCGUCAUACGGGCGUGUACCGUACUGUGGUGCUCGCAACUCACUUGAGGGCGAAGACUCGAUUCUCUCCGUGUUCGGUCCUAUGACAAACAGUCUCUGCGGGCUCAAGAUCUUUAUGAAAGCUGUCGUUAACUCUAAACCAUGGCUCAAGGACCCUCUUGCGGUUCGGAAGCAAUGGGACGAAGACGAGUACGAACUCGCGGACCAUGGGUUUGGUAAGGACCUGUGCUUUGCGAUCAUGUGGGACGAUGGCGUCCUUUUUCCCCACCCACCUGUCAGGAGGUCUCUGGAAAUGACCAAAGCGGCUCUCCAAAAGGCUGGCCACAAAGUUGUCGACUGGAAACCCAUCAAGCACAAAUUGCUUGAAGAAGUCGCGCGGGACAUCUUUAAUGCCGGCUCUGUCGAGGACUACAUGAUCACGACCUCCAGCACAGGGGAGCCAAUAAUUUCCACGAUGGAGCUGGACGACGCAGAUGCUACGGUGCCAUCAUUCCGUCCGAAAAAUGGUGGUAUCACCGCAUACCAGCUCUGGCAAUUGCAGAAGCUGCGUCAGAAUAUCCGGAAAGAAUAUAUAGACCACUGGAACGCAACUGCCUCUGAGACUGGGACAGGACGGGCUGUCGAUGCUAUCAUUUGUCCAGUCGCACCGUUUGUUGCAACUCCCCAUGGGAAGAACAGGGACGCCAAAUAUACUACCGUUUGGAAUGCGCUCGACUAUCCCGCUGCGGUUUUCCCUGUGACUACUGUCGACCCUACUCUUGAUAGGAAGAAAUCUCCUCAUAGUUUCUAUGACGACUUCGAUAAGGAGAUAUACGAAAUGUAUGACCCAGAGAAAUUCAAGAACGCUCCUGUUUCUUUGCAGCUUGUCGGUCGGACUCUGGAGGAGGAGGCGGUUAUAAAAAUGACAGAAAUUGUAGAUGCGGCGCUGGCCGCGGCCAAAUAAGUUCGAGAUAUACCGAGACUUGUUCGAGACAGCAGUUAUGAAUAUGUACAAUACACCCACAUCUCGAUCAAGUACAAACGAUUCAGAACUCAUAACUUCGCUUCACAAAAUGGUUGUGCCUCGUUU